CUCAACAACAGGUUGUCAGACACCUCGGUAGCUUUCUAGCAAACAUAGCUACAACAUUCACGCUCUUUACACUGUUUUGGUGUAUAUUAGUCGCUGUGUAUUAAACACACUUCUGUUGUAUGUACUUGUUGGCCCAUUCAAUUAUAUAUUUACGUUGUUUGUCAGCUAGCUGAUUUGCUAAGGUAGCUUGGAACUAGGCUAGUCGCUGAUGCUAGCUUGCUAACAUCCCCGAGCAUGAGUUCACUAAGCUACUCUCCUGAUAAAGAAGACGAGGUCUGCUGGACGGAGAAAGAAGCUCUGGUGAAAGAGGAGGAGGAAGAGGAGGAUGUUACAAUACAAAAACAAUUAGAGGGUGAGGCUGUUACCGUUUCAGUGAAAGAAGAGGAAGACCCGUUCAGAGUGAAAGAGGAGGAGGAUGUUAUAGUAAAAGAAGAGGAGGAAGAGAAAGAGGAGGAGGGGGUGAUUUCUGUCACAUUGGAGGAAGAAGAGGAGGUUGGAGAUAUGUUUAACACCAGAGAGAGACGGGACUACCGUGGGUCCUCUGGGGAGCCUCAACAACCUCAUGAUGCUGACGAGGCAGAGAAGAGUCUCUCCAGAUCAGAACACCUGCAGAGAUCCACAGGGAAGAGAACUCACUGCUGCUCUGACUGUGGGGAGAGAUUCACCUCCUCAUCAGGCAUUCAAAUUCAUCAGAUAAUCCACACAGGAGAGAAAUCUUAUGGCUGUGAUCAAUGUGGGAAGAGUUUUGUUAAAUAUCGCCGUCUGAAGAUACACCAGAGGACACACACAGGAGAGAAAUCAUAUAGCUGUGAUCAAUGUGGGAAGAGUUUUACUCAGCUAAGCAGCCUGAUAUCACACCAGAGAACACACAUAGGCGAGAAUCCUUAUAGCUGUACGCAAUGUGGGAAGAGUUUUACUCAGCUAAGCAUCCUGAUAUCACACCAGAGAACUGUCGUGACGUUGUAUUAGUUAAUGUGACGACUGUUGCUCAUCGAAUUAUUAAAUGUUUCUAAUUGCGUGAUUAAAUUAAUCAAGCAAUUAUUAACUCAUUAACCUGGGGCACCAUGGGAAAAUUAGUUUUAUUGAGUUUCUAUUUCCCAAAUUAACUCAAAGAAUAUCAGAAUACCGAUUUUAGAACCUUCGCUAAUUAAUCAGUUUCCUUUACAAUCUCAUUCUGAACAUCGCAUAAUCCGUCAAUUUGCACAAAACCGAGUCCCACCAAUGAGUUCGUACCACACCAAUCUUAGUUGAGUAUUUAUUUACUAGAAAGCUAAAAUGAUGAUACAAGAUACACAUACACCAAAAACACAGUCUAGGCUAUUGAUUAGAACUUAAUAUUAUGGGCCAACACUAUGGCGCGUGUUACCAAAAAUGGGGAUUUAAAAGAGAGAGAAAAAGUGAAAGCACACGAGAGAAAUAUGCAUUUGUCAGCGAUGCUUAUUUUAACCCUAGCCUUGCCCCAAACUGCCGCUCUUAUGGGUCAGAAUAUAAUGAUGUAAUUACGUGUGGGAGGUCUCAGAUGAGAAGCUCCGCGUGGGUCGCUUUGGCUUCUCAAUGACGCACUUCUCCGGCGCAACUCUCUGGUCGUCCUCACAAUGUCCGUGUCCAUUUGGUCUGAUUCCUCGCCCUUGCUCUGGGAGGAGUCUUCUGAGGACAGACAGAUCUGUAGCUCAGGGCUCACAGCGUAGGAAUGAAACAGUGUAGAUACCAUGAUUCGAUGGAGAGUGAAGGUUAGGUGGUCCGGCUUGAAUUCACCCGCUGAGACACAGCUACUCAUCAGUAGCAUGGGUAGAAAAAGAUUUCUUUGUCUUCAACCUUGGGUUGAGUUUUGGUUUCGUUUACUUCUUAGACCUAGGCUGCAGCUUGGGUCACUUAGUCUGAUUUGUUCAUUCUGACUCACAGGUCUUAUACCCUCGGGUCAGAAGUGGGCGUAACUGCCUUCAGGGCAAUUCUCUGGGUGUACCAAGUUAAGAGGCAAGGUCUAGAUUUUACUCAAAUCCCAUUUUAGACAACUAACUUCACAUUUCAACUUUACCAAAACAUUCUCUUUGAUUUGGACUUUUUCCACACAACGUCCAAUGAAUAAACAUCAAGUGUAUCCUAGGAAAACUCUUAAAGUUACAAUGUUUCCGUAAAGACAUUGUCCUUUAAGCUUUAAUAACCAGACAAAAAUGACAUACAUUUUCAUAUUCCAUCUAUCGUCAUGACCACCAUUGUGGCUGACGGAAACCAUUGUUCCAAAGUCCCUUUAUUGCAUGUUUAAUGUUCUGAGGCUGGUUCUCCAUAGUGAAAGGAAGGUUGUCUGUGGCCUAAGAUUUACCAUGGGCGUGAGGGGUCAUAAAACCCCCACAUCUUCAGACCCCUAGAUCUCUCCUCCUCUGUUGGGGGUGAGAGAUUAUCUGUAGGGUUGUGGUCUCCUGUAACCUGACCUGAUCAGGACAGUCAUGACAGAACACACACAGGAGAGACACCAUAUAGCUGUGAUGAAUGUGGGAAGAGUUUUACUGCAUCUAGAAAUCUGAAUCUACACCAGAGAACACACACAGGAGAGAAAUAUUUAGCUGUACUCAGUGUGGGAAGAGUUUUACUCUGCUAAGCAACCUGAUAUCACACCAGAGAACACACACAGGAGAUAAAUCCUAUAGCUGUGAUCAAUGUGGGAAGAGUUUUACUCAGUCAAACAGAGAUUUACUCUGCUAAGCAACCUGAUAUCACACCAGAGAACACACACAGGAGAGAAAUCUCUUAACUGUGACCAGAGAUAAUCUGAUAAAAGAUCUCAGAUCAAAUAUCAGAAAGUACAAACAUGAAGGAGUUGUUUCAUGAUAUCAAUUAAUUAAUGUCACAAUGUAAAAUGUUUUAACAAUGUACUAGGAGUAUUUUAAUAAUGUCACAAUGUAGAAGCCUAAAUGUUUGCCCCUUUAUCAAUUGAUUUCAACAUGAUAUGGAUAUUAGCCUCAGGGGAAAAAUCCAGGCUAUGAAUUGAAAGUUGUGUUGUUUUACACUUACCACAUUGGUGACCCACUUGAAUCAAAAUGCAACACUUCAAAAUGUAGCUAGCUGUUUACCACGUUGUUGUCCUCUAACCAGUGAUGUUUACAUUAUUCCCAGAUUCCGUGUGGCUUUUGAGCUGUUAGUUUUAACAGGACGUGCAACCUCAUCUCCCUCCUCUCGCACAAUUGAUUUCAACGUGAUAUCAAUGAGUGAUGACAAAUAAGUGAGGCGUUCCUUUGUUUAGUGACCCCUAAAUGUAAAUGCAUCACUCCAAAAUGUAGCUGACUGUCUUCUGCAGGUUGUCCUCUAACCAGUGAGGGAAAAUAUAUCUCCCAUUUCCAUGUGUUUUUUUAGUUGUGUUAGUUUCAACAGCAUGUACAACCUGAUUUCCCCCCUAAUCGAUAUCAGUAAUUUAUUGCUGCUUGUUCAUUUUUAUAAGGUGCUUGUUUUAAAUAAUACAAGUAAUAUGAUUAUUGUGGCAGAUGUUUGUGUAUAUUGCACAUUUUACGUUUAGGUUUUCAAUAUAUUACAAAGUGUUUCUGCAUAUUGGUUAUUGAUUUGCACACAUUAAAACUGUGUGUUGACAUUGGGGCUAUCCCACCUAGCAAAAUUGAAAAGAAGACUAUGCCCAACGGCCAAUAAUCAAUAAAUCUGUAAUCAAUUUUUAUUAACAAUCCUACAUCACUCCAUUAUUUCUUUACAACAUUCAAAUCCCAAUUGUCUUUAUUCCACUAUUGAAGAAGCAUGACUCAAAUCACCUCAUAUUUCAAACAUCCAGCCUGACAAAAGAUACAUGGUUUAUUAUUCCAUGCCUCACCAUUAUGAUAAUUAUUGCCAAUACAUAUUAACAAAGGGGUGUACAUUUGGUUUUGAUAUUUCAUAUUUACAAUUCAUGUAACAUUCAGUAAUCAUAAUUAUUUAUGCAGCCAACUGACAAUUGACAUUGUUACCUUGCUUUUAUAAUAUCAGGAUUACAAUUUAUUUUGACUGCACGUUUUUCCAUAUUGGAGAUGAGUUUUGUUUGGGCUCCUUCCAAGGGGAUGAGAGUUCUAGAAGCUAGUGAGUUUUAGGAAGAUGAGAGUUUUCUAGUGGGUAAUACAUGUUUUUUUUUUAUUGUUUUUAAUUCUUGAGAGCCAGUAGACACCAUGUUUAUAAUUUAGAAGGUGAAGCAUUGUAGUUGAUUAUAAUGUGAAAUGGAAGUUGUUUUCUGUUGGUGGUAAGCACACUUGUCCAACAAAAAUAUACAAUAUAUUUGUUGUCUUAAGAGGGAA